AGGGCACUGUGGCGAUAACAUUCUUUGACAGAGGUAUACCACAAUCGGACUAAUUCUGGAGAGAUCUAAUUAUCUUUAGACGGUUGUUUCCUGUUCCAAGCAUGAUUUUCGUACUAAUUGUUAUUGCUGAGGUGUUAUGCGUACUAGCCGUGGUAUUGGUCGGUGUCUGGAUGGGCGUGUACCGAGGGGGCGUGGCUUGGGACGGUACCACCUCCGAAUUCAACCUUCAUCCAAUCAUGAUGACGCUCGGUCUCAUUGUCUUCAAUGGCAACGCUCUGAUGCUCUACCGUGCCUGUCGGGAAACGCCAAAAGCGUGGGUCAAAGCGGCUCAUGUAAUCUUUCACUGUCUGGCCCUUUUCUGCGCAUGCCUGGCCCUGGUGGCGGUAUGGCAGUACCACAACGCCAAUGGUAUACCGAACGUUUACUCCAUCCAUAGCUGGAUCGGGAUAACGGUCUUCAUAAUGUACGUCAUUCAGUGGUUCAUCGGGCUAUCCAUAUUCGCAUUUCCAUGUGCAAGUCUACAGCAUCGAGAUAGGUACAAGCCUCUCCAUGUAUUCUUUGGUGUCUUUCUGUUCGGCGGUGCGUGUGCUACUGCCCUCAUCGGCAUUGAAGACAAACUGAUGCUGGCAAUAUCAACAACGUAUUCCUCGCGUCCACCAGAAGCCUAUGUGGCCAACUUCCUAGGUUUGGUCAUCCUCUUUCUGGCAGCAGUCGUGACCUUCGUUGUGACCUUUGCCCCUUGGAAGCGACCUGAUGACAUCCAGUCGGAAUGGCAGCCUAUCGUGUCCUCUACUCCCGCCAGAGAUUUGAACCUCCAACCUUCUGAUAUUUAAAUACCUGUACACAGCAAUAACUGUGGUUACUAACCUGUGUACGACACCGGCAAUUUUACUAUGGUGUUAAAUCAACACUGUUCAACAUCCAGGGCCUUGGGAACGAUUUUUUUUAACUCGGAGUGCUUAAUGUAAAUUUGGAAAAAGAAGAUUUUCACUGCAAAAUGGAGUUCAAAUUAGUCCCGAUAAAUUUAAAGAAAAAGUGUUUCACUGCAAAAUGAAGGUCAUUUUGGUAAUUUUUUUUUUACACAUCUCCCAAAUACCUGGGGGUGCUGCCUAUAGAGAAUAUUACACACAUAACCCUCAAGGAUUUUUUUUUUUGGGGGGAUGGGAUGCUUCAGAACCCCCUUAACUCCAGCUUCCCAGGGCCAUGUCAACAUCUAUGUGUGUUAUUACAACACCUUCGGUUGAGAACUCAAACUACACUGAGCCUGAAUACAACUUAAUUCAGGUUGAGAUUAUUUUUUAUAGAUCAGAACUUCUUAGAAAAUCCCUGCAUUUCCCGUAAAUGGAGUUAUUCCGACAUCACUCACUGCAUUGUCAACACAGAGAUGUAAAAGAUGACACCAUUUGGACCUCACCCGGGGAACGUUCAUGAACAUUUUCAUCCGACAAGUUGUCGGAUCUGACAACUUUCCUUGAUUCUGAUUGGCUGAGAUGCACUGUUCCUAUGGUAACUGUCGGAUAAAAUGGGACUUGUCGAAUAAAACGUCUGACAAGUCCUUUCACGAAACGCCCCCCCCCCCUGGAGGUGUUCAAAUUACAUCCUAGAGAUUGAACAUGACACUACAGAGUGUAAAGUUAACAACCAAAUGUGUUGAAAUAACACCCAUAGGUGUUAAAAUAACACGAACAGAGUAAAGUGGCUGAUGUUCGCAUAGGGGACACCAAUCAACACCAAAAAAAAUUUGGUGUGUAUAUUCAAUCUACAAACAAAACAGAAAUGAAACAUUUAGUGUUAUCUGUAGAAAAAAGCAUAUUUUAUUUUUUGUUCACAGUGUAAAGCAUGAAAUUGUCUUGAAGCUUUAUCAAAUGAAACAUAGAAAGUAAGUAAAAUGGCUUUGCAAACAUCAAUUCAUUUUUUGACACGUUUGAUAUUCGGAUCAUAUAAAAUUCAAUACACUAACACUGAACGUGAACGUAAUUCUAGCCACUGUAACACAGAACAAUGUAAUUGAUCACAUGGCCGAUGUUUACAACUGAUUGUAUUGAUCAUUAUGUGUGGUUCGGGUGUGGGAUCAGUCGUGCAAACCAACUUUACGAUCAAUCACUAAGCUUUGCCUUAUGGGCAGAAAAUGAAUGAUUUCAUUCACUCCUUUUCCAUAAAUUCUCAUGACGUACCACAAAGCUAUAUGUAAAGUUCCACUUCGAGUAUUCUAAUUUGGAAAAGAAGGGGAUAUAUAGGAAUUCUUGAUCAUAUGCCCAUCUACAAAAAUAAUACUGCUCGUUCAGUCGUGACAUAUAGAACUAACAAUGAAAAUGUUAUCUUAUUAUCAUUCAUCAAACUAAAAAAUUGAUGAAAUUUUGUUUUUUAGACAAAAACGUCUCUACACAUAUUCACACUAAAAACCAUUUAAUAUCUACAGAUUUUGUCCAUUAAAUCAACAAUAACACCGACUACAUUACACUGAUAUAUAUAUUACACUAUAUCCUAUACUACAAAAAGAAUGGACGUUUGUAAAUAAUACUAUGAAGCAAAGUAAAUUGUCCAAUUUUUAUCUAUCAAAAUUUACCAGUUUAAAAAAAAAAGGAUUAUAAGCAUGCUACUAAUGCUACUGCAUGUAUACAUUCUACUAAUACUUGUUUUGUAUAUACAUUUAUGACAACUAUUAUAACUCAUGUAAUCACUUUUUUCUAAUAUCUAUACUUUUUCUAAUAUAUCUAGAAUUUUUAACCAGCAUAAAAUAUUGAUAAAAUAUGAAUCUACCAACUGUUGGAUAAUAUAUCGCAUGCAAAAUGAAUUGGGAUUUGUUUAACCAACAAUUGGUUAAUUCAUAUUCUAACUAACUUUUGGUUAUGUAUAGGUUUAUAGACAAUUUAAGACACAGAUUUCUAACGAAACAUACACUUUAAAUAAUAUGUAUCAAAAGUAGAAAAUAAGGUAUGUAUAUAUACAUGUAUAUUAUAUUCAUAUACUUAAGAUAAUAUAUUCACGCUUUUUUUGGAAUAAGCCAAUAAUUGAAAGCACAAUUUUGCACAUAAAUAAAUUGAGCAAAUUAAUCAUAAUUAUAUAAGAUUAAGGCAUCCAAAAACGAUGUUUCAACUACCAAACUAUAUAUUUGCUAACUCAAAGUAGCACAUAAGAUUAAAAAAAACAUCUUGAAUUAAUUUAUCAUGAACAUGUGCAAACUUUAUGUAUAUGUCUAGCAAUAUGUAUGUUCUAAAAGCAAUACAAUAACAGACACAUAACUGGAAAAAAAUAAAAGGAUCCCUACGUUACCUUAUUCUCCUUCGAAUUCUUCAUUCUAAAACACUUAAAGCCAGAUUCGCCUAUAUAAUGUUCUGUGUUUUAUCAGCAUCAAAACAUUCCAGUGAAGUGAUUCGAGACUUUAAGGACGUUCCACAGUUAAAAUGAAGUCCAUGUCAUUUUCACCAAAUUUUGCAGAGAGUUACUUUGGUAUUUAUGCAUUAUGAAAAUGCAAAAAAUAAUAUAGGUUCAUGUGCUUAUUUUUUUUCUACGGGUCUUAAAAGUCGCCGUAUUUGAAUGAUAUGCAAUCUUGCGCAAUUUAAGAGAAUUUUGCCUCUCUUAGACCUCACGAAUUCACCAAAUGAGUUUAAAUCAUCUUCACUCAGCGGAUAUCGCAUCAAACUUCAUCAAAUUUUCAAGAUAUAUAACAAAGUGUAUACCAAAGUAAGAGAAAGCCUUUUAAUUGGUAAAACUAUAUCUAUCUGGAGUCAGCAGCGCCCUCAUUUGGCAAGAAUGGUGCAAAAACUCGGAAAAAGCAAAUCUUCAAAGACGUGAAUCUACUCAAAAAUUUAAAAAGUAUUUUGUAAGCUGCACUUUUUUCAAAAUCCAUGUCAUUUUCAUCAAAUUCUGCUAAUUUGUAGAGGAAUGCAUAUCGAAGGUGUAGGGAAGUUAAAAAUAUGGGGUCCAUGUGCUCGUUUUUUAACUAUGAGUGUCCAAAGUGAUGCGAGUUGGCAUCGAAAUCGCCGAAAAUGCGCCCAAAAACGUGCAAAAGUCUAAUAAUAUCGUCUAAAAUGCGAAUGGUUCCGUAGUUUUGCUCCCAAACACUCAAAAUCCAUGUCAUUUUCAUCAUACUCUCUAGAUUUGUAGAAGAAUAUAUUCUGAAGACAUUAAAAUAUCAAAAAUAUGGGGUCUAUGUGCUCGUUUUUAAACUAUCAGUGUCCAAAUUGUUGCGAGUUGGCUUGAAAAUAUUGAAAUGCACCUAAAAUGCGCCGAAAACGUGCAGAAGUCUAUACCCUCUAAAAUGCAAAUGGUUCCGUAGUUUUGCUCCCUAACAUUCAAAAUCCAUGUCAUUUUCAUCAUACUCUCUAGAUUUGUAGAAGAAUAUAUUCUAAAGACAUUAGAAUAUUAAAAAUAUGGGGUCUAUGUGCUCGUUUUUAAACUAUCAGUGUCUAAACUGUUGCGAGUUGGCUUGAAACAGCCCAAAAUGCGCCGAAAACAAGCACAAGUCUUAUAAUACCGUCCGAAAUGUCUAAAAUACGAAUGAUUCCGUAGUUCUGCUCCCAAACACUCAAAAUCCAUGUCAUUUUCAUCAUACUUUCUAGAUUUGCAGAGAAAUAUAUUCCGAUGACGUUAACAUAUUAAAAACAUGGGGUCCAUGGGCUCGUUUUUAAACUAUCAGUGUCCAAAUCAUUGCGGGUUGGCUUGAAACAGCCCAAAAUGCGCCGAAAACAAGCAAAAGUCUGUUAAUACCGUCUAAAAUGCGAAUGGUUCCGUAGUCUUGCUCCCAAACAUUGAAAAUCCAUGUCAUUUUCAUUAUACUUUGCACAUAGAUACUUUAGCACCUGAAUAUUUCAAAUAUACAAAAAUUUACAUGGGUCCAUGUGCUUGAUUUUUUGCUAUAGAGCUUCAAAGUUAACCCAAAAUGGAUGAUGUUCUUGAUAAUUGCGCAUCCAAAAGAAUUUGGCAUUUUUAGACCUCAUGAGAUCACAACAAUGAGUUUAAAGCUCUAUUAAUCAGUCAAAAUCUAUAAAGAUUUCAUCAAAUUUUGCAAUAUGAUUAAUAAUUGUAUCCGUAAGAUUGAUAAUUGAUUUAUAUUGCUGUCAAUUGUUUGCUCAUUGAAGUUUAACAACACUCUCAGUUCUUAGAAAUUGCGGGAAAGAUACUCAACCUCAAACAUUUCAAAUUUCAAUAACAAACUUGAGAAGUAAAAGAAAUGCUGCACUUUAUUCAAAACCCAUGUCAUUUUCACAAAACUUUGCAAAGUUGUAAAGGAAGGUAUACCUAAGAGGUGCAAACAUUAAAAAAUAUGGGUUAAUGUGCUUGUUUUCAAACUAUCAGCACUCUUAUUAGAGCAAAUUUGCUUCUUAAAACACCCGAAAACGCGCCAAAAGCUUUGUAUAUAAUUAUGUGAGGAAAAAUUCCGAACCACUUUUCCAUUUAUUCAAACUCGGGGUCAUAUUCAUGAUACUUUGCGGCACUUCAGACAAACUAUUUUGAAAUUGUAGAGGAAUAACAAAAAUGGUCCAUGGAAUAAUUCCAGUUUAUUAGCUUCAUAAAAUAAAACAUCGGAUCUGCAGUUAGUAAAGAUAAGGAGAAAAAUCAGCUCACAGUACAGCUGAUUAAUCACCAGUUCAUCCAUUGUGACGUCAGCGCGCAGAGUGUAAAAUAUGCGCAGAUCAUGAUGCGCACAAACAUAACUGUGGAACGUCCUUAAGCUUCAUGGGAGUCACUGGGACCUAAAGGUCCAUCACUCAAAACCAACCAUAAGUUAUAUAUUCACGCAUGACGUAUGGAAAAUCAAAGUGUGUUUGAUGUUUAGAGGUGAGUUUUCUUGACAUUCUUUCGUAAAUGAAUCCCAAGGUUCAAUAACAUAAUUUGACAAGAAUGUGAGUAGAGAUGACAACGAAUUUAGUUAAUUAUUUUUUCGGUAACCUCAAAUUAAGCUCGGUCGAUUCACUUCCUCGUAUUCCUGAAUGUUGUGCUUGUGUACACCACCCCGAAAUAAAAUCUGCAAACGGUUA